AUGGAAUCGAUAUCACGUUCGCCUCGAAUUUUUCUAUUGUCAUUGGGUCGAUGGAACUCCGGAAUAUCGUUUGCCCGAGAGAUAUGUACAGAAUAAGAACAGAAUCCUUGCAAAGUUUCUACUUCACGAAAACUGAGUUGAAGUCUAUGAUGAGGGACUUGCGAAGUAUUACUUCUGGAAUAAAACAACAGAUGAGGUUUGUUGGUAUUCUCCGCGUCAUCCACGAGCUAUAAUUAGUGAUCCAGCUCCUCGAAUCGCCAGAGAGCAUGCUACAGUGCUUUUCGGAGAUUCUCACGCAUCUGAGGAGAACAAUGCCGCUCGCCGCAGAAAUUUCCACAACAAGAAAACUUCACGCGGAGGGAAUGAUGAUAAGCAAUCACGUGGCAAUAAUGCUGAAAAGCGGAAGCGACGUGAUCCGAUGACGUCACAGGGUCCAGAUUCAGAUGAAGACGAGUUACAGGAAAUGACAAAUAAGGAUCGACUGAAAAGAGCAAAAAGGAAAGGAAUUGAUCCAAUGGAUCCAGGAGCUCAUGGAGGCGCUCCAGUUGAAAAAUGGUCGGAUGGCCUUCGCGUUGAUCACGUAACAGGAGCCGACGUGACUGCUGGUGGACCACUUUUCCAACAAAGACCCUAUCCUGCUCCGGGAGCAAUUCUCAGAAAACAUAAACCACAGGAUGAAGAGGAUGAUCAACAAUUCAAUUUUUUAAAAUCAUUUUAAUG